GUCAAACAAGCAGGUAUUUAUAAUCGUCUUUUUAAGAUGGAAUGAAUCACAGUCUUGUGCUUUGCUUUCAGUAGUUAAGGUAUUUGUGUGGUGACCUAAUGGUGGUUUCAGGUGAGGAAGAAUGACUGGCACAGACUUGGUGGUGAUUCAACCUCCUGAUCUCAAGUUCACAUUCGACUUGCUAAAACAAAGAUCAUGUUCUGUUUACUUGACCAACAUCACAGGACUAGAGAUUUCUCUUUGUGGGAACCUUCUUCAUCCUGGAAUGGGGUCUGGUUUGGCUGUAGAAGUAUUUGAUGCAAAUCGCAUAUCUGAAAUGGAAUUUAAAAACUCUGCAAAAUCAAUUAUUAAAAAUGAAAAUUUGGUUGUGAGGGUCCAUGGGAAGUACUUGUCAUGGGAGAAAGCUGUUCCGUUUGUACUGGGGAUGUCUGCUUAUGAAUUUCCCUUUGAAAUUGAAGGAUCUAUGGUCUGAUGUUCUUGGUCGGUUCAUGCCUUUGGUCGGGAAGGAUUGGACUCAUUCUGGAAUUGCAAGACUUUUUUCGGAAAUAAAGGUCUGAUGUUCUUGGUCGGUUCAUGCCUUUGGUCGGGAAGGAUUGGACUCAUUCUGGAAUUGCAAGACUUUUUUCGGAAAUAAAGUUUUCGGUAACUCAUGGAUAUCGAGCUGAAGGAAUGAGCCAUCAAGACCCAAACAUGAUAAUGUUGUCGAUCGAGACCGUGAUCGGGCUAGUGAAGAUAGACGCGGCCGAAGAGACGUACAGUAACAAGGGCUUAGCAAGGGCCAGAGGAUUGUUUAAGGAAGGGAAGCGUGAAGCGUAAUACGUGAGAUCGUGGGGAUUUGGAGGGGAUCGUUAAUGGGUUUCUCGACCACAAUUAGGGUACAAUCCAUGAUAUUUUACAACAUAUAUAGCGAUGCACGAUUGCCUUACCUUAUACAAGCUAAAUCAGGGUAAUCUAAGAAUACAAGAGUUAUAUUUCAUUUUAUGUUGUUCUUAUUUAGAUACGAGUUAGUUCUUUGUGCUUCUAUAGCCGUUGGGCUAAAUCCCAUCAAUAACUUGAUUGAUAAAAAAAUAUGGGGAAUAAAAUAUUUCAUAAAAAAGGGAUGAUUAU